AUGACACUAGCCAACCCAAAACUUACUGAUGAAUUAACUAUUGCGGUUGAUCAAGUUUGUUCUCCUUUAUAUGCACAGAUGUUCGAAAAAAUUGCUAAGGAACAGCCUAGCUCAAUUCCAAAUGCAGAAAAUGUAAUGCUUCAGAAUUAUCCAAAUCAAAUAACCUGGUAUGGAGGUAGUCGACGCCCCGAAAUAAUUGAACGAAUUCGACGCGCUCAACUCAAAUGGUUCAAUAGUUGGCUCAGUGAGCAUAAUACCGGUCAACCACCCUAUGUCAAAUGGGGUUUGACUAUGACCAAUAUUUUAUUGCAUGUAUCCAACUUACUUUUUCGAAUCGAUCUUGGUGAUAUCAUUACGACGGAUGAACAGCGGAAUGAUUGCCGACAAAUCGCAGAUACUAUUAAACGCAUUUUAGUGUCUGUCAGUGAAUCAAAUCCAGUAACAAUCGAUCCAGAUGGUCUACCUCUUGUUCAGACUCUCCUUCAAAUACUUUUCUAUUUCACUGUGGAUGUUGAAUUGGUUAUUUACCUGAAAAGUCUUCAGUUAGUCGAUCUACUGAGUGCAUGUAUACGAACAUCAAACAAUGAUAAUGAAAUUCAUUUACAUGCCUAUCGAAUUCUGGCAGUUGUGAUGGGAGAAGCGGACAUCAAACAACUGCAAAAUUCGAGUAGAAUUGCUACUGUUUUCAUCAAGUUUAUUAAGGAUACUAUUGAUGAAGGUGUUCGCAGUGAAGGUCGCCUACAUAAUAGUCUCCGAAGUCUUAAAGUGUUAACACAGCACGAUCAAAUUCGUGAAGAAUUGAUUAAACAAAAAGGUGAUUCUCUUUUUCUUCGAUGCGCUCUCGAAGAUAACUUCAAUCCGCUCAAAGCUAAACUUCCUGCACUCGAGAUUCUUCUUGCAUUGACCUUUAACAAAGAUUUUGCUGCUACGCUCAAAGACAACACAGCGUUCAUCAAUCAUGUUCGAACAUUGACUUCGUCACCACAACAAGAACUACAGCUAGUCGCUACUGCACUGAUAUGGAAAUUAGAAAAGGAACCAGAAACAACAGUCCAACCUGUCCAAGAACAAAUGUCUUCGCCAACCAUAGCCAAGAAACAAUAUAAUAUCAUGAUCAGUUACUCACAUAAUGAUAAAGAACUUUGUCAUCGCAUUCUGAAUGCUCUCGAGAAAGAUCAAUUACGCGUUUGGAUCGAUUCUCGAUUGAUGCAUGGUGCUACAUUUGAUGCGAUGGCUAAAGCUAUUGAGAAUACAGAAUUCGUAGUUAUGUGUAUGUCCGAUGCUUACAAGCAAAGUGCUUUCUGUGAAAUGGAAGCUAGUUAUGCAGUUAAACGUCGAUGCCAUAUUAUUCCACUAGUUAUGACAGCCAACUACAAAGCUGAUGGAUGGCUUGGCGUGUUAACUUCAGCACUUAUUUAUGUUGAUUUUCCAAAGCUUGGUUUCGAUAAAGCUUAUCAAGAACUUAAGAAACAGAUUGGAUUAUUUAGAAUGAACGAUUCAAAUUCAACGCCUGCCAAUCAUGGCAUACUUCAUCAUGAUUCUUUUUCACUAACAGCUAUUAUACCAAAAGCGAUUUCAACUGUUGAAAAGAACAAAGAACCACGUCCAGUUGUGGAAUACCCACAUUAUAUCGAUAUGUGGACUAAGGAUCAUGUCAAAUCGUUUCUUCUUGAUAAAGAACUUGAUAUGCUUAUUCCAACCUUCGAAGGAAUGAAUGGCCGCCUAUUGCAUAAAGUUUACAAUAUGUGCCAAACAAACGAACAAGCUAUGUUUUCUUCAUUGAAAGAAGACGUUGCUCGAUCUCAACUGACGACAGCACUCAGUUUGAAGGACUAUCUUAUUUUUCUCGACGAAAUUAAAAUCUACAUACCAUACAAAGCUGGCGAUCAGCUGAAUCCAACAUCAGCUAUUUGCAAUCUGAUGUAA